GGCGAACUAUUCGCACGUCCAACACACCUGUUAUGUGUGUGUUUACCAACAUGUGCGAUUGCCGUACAAGUACCGGGGUUUAAAUUCCUGCUUGUGAAAGGCGUCUAGUAUUUUAACUCGAAGGUGUAUUACUUCCCCAUAGAUUGUUACAUUCCGUGUGAACAUCAUUGGUGUCGUGUACAAUGCUUCUUCAACUAUAUGCAUUUAUUGUGCUCUCUUGGGAUGCACUGUGUCUUCUUGUUCAGGUGUAUUUUGCAUUUCUAGAGGCAUGCUGGCAUCUUAUAUGUCCUCCAAGGCAGAAAUCAGUGAAGAAUGAUAUUGCGGUGAUUGUUGGCGCCUCAAGGGGAGUGGGAAGAGAGCUAGCUCUUCAAUUAGGGGCACUUGGUGCGUAUAUUAUCUGUUGUGACAUAGAUAGCAUGGGUAACAAAAAGACAGCAGUUGACAUUACGCAAAAUGGAGGAAAUGCAAUUGCAUAUCAAGUAGAUGUUACCAAUAGAGAGCAGGUUUUUAAAAUGGCAGAUAAACUUAAAAGAGACAUCGGGCCUGUGAGCAUGAUUUUUCAUUGCUGUGGAAUGCCAAGCCCACACUCUCUUGUUGCCCAACCACCCCCAGACAUAAGAGCAACUAUAGACAGAAGUGUCAUGUCCCAUUUCUGGAUUUUGCAAGCUUUACUACCUCAAAUGCAGGAACAGCGUAAAGGACAUAUUGUUGCACUAAGUUCAGUGGCUGGCCUAACUGGUAUCAAGGAUCAGGUUCCACUUAGUGUUUCUCAAUUUGCUGUAAAGGGUCUUACUGAAUCUCUUCGGCAAGAACUACGGACAUCACAGAGACAUGCAAAGAUUCAAGUAACUCUUGUACACAUUUAUCCGUUUCUUGUAAGCCCUGAGUAUUCAAGAGAUAUUAGACUGAGGAUUCCAAGUUAUUUCGGUACCCUAGAUCCUAGAGAAGCUGCCCGUCAAAUAAUUGUAGGGGUACGUCAAGGGUAUGCAGAAAUGAGUGUACCAGGCUACUUGCUCUUUAUGGGUAAUCUGUUAAGGCUGUUACCACGAGAAGUUUCAGUGAGGCUUAGAGAGCUGCUUGACACAGGUGUAGAUUUUGGCUGAAAACAUUGCUUUGUAUCAAAGGAUUUGUUUUAAACAGUGCCUGUAGAAGAUAUGAUGGUGUUUGAAAAUACCAAAUGCCCUGAUGCAUGCCUGAUGUUUAAAUCUAAUUUACCUAUUGCAAGUAAUGAAUAUUUUGAAAAUGAUGUCACUUUUCAUGUACCUUGUGCCAUAAAUAUGUUUCACAGAUGUCAUUAUAUAAUAAUGAAUCAACUUAUGUCUAGUCAGUCAUUCAGUCAGCAUCACAAUAUUUAAAAAAAAAAAUUUAAAAAAAAUCACAUACUGCUUUUAGCCAGAAAAGACUCAGAAAAGUGUUUCAUUAUGUUUAGAUUUAUGUUAUAAAGCUUUAUUUUAUCUACAAACAGAUCAUGUACCCUAUAGGUUCAUAUAUUCAGUCUUGUAUUUCUCACAUUUCCUCUCAUUUUGCAUGAAAAAUGUUAAUGUUUUGAUGAACACAAUCAUGUUAGACUUAAAGUAAGUAGUAAGAACUUGUCUUCCAAACCAAUAAAUUGUAAAGAAAUUACUAUGUUGUAAACACUAUUUUAUCACUCAAUAGCGCAAAAAUAAAUAUCUUGGUAUAAAUAAA